UUCGUAAAAUUAAUAAAAUUUACUUACAAAUAAAAAAAAAUCUACACUAUAAGCAUGAAUAAAAUGUUUAAAAACGUUUGCCGCGUGUGCAGCAAGUACGCAAGCGGGAAGAAGGCGCUGCGAAUCUAUGACAAAAACAAUCGCAAAAUACUCACAUGCAUUGAGAUGAUUACAGGCAUAUGGCUGGAGAGCUUCUCUUGUCUGCCUGAUCUUAUUUGUGAGUGUUGUUACUGCGAACUAAACGAUGCCAUUAAGUUUCGGGAACGUUGCAUUAAAGCGCAAAAAGAGCUAUUGGCGGCCCUAAGUGAGGAGCAACGCCUGGAAAUAACCGAAGAUUAUAGGAUAUCCGUGGCAGGCCAUAUAGUUCAGCGAUCAGAACCAGAACAAGUGGAAUCUGUGGAUCCUGAAGAAUAUUUUGAUUUUGAAGAGUUUGACUCUAAGCCAAUGCUAACGGAAGAAUCGCAAUCGAUUGAUGAUUUUGAUAACAUAAUAGUUGCAGACGACGAGGAUGACCUGAACUUUGACGUAGCAGAGCAAGAUGAAUUCGAACAAGAAGUCAAGCUCGAGAUACAGCAAGAAGAAGCUAGCCAACAGAAAACGCAAGAUCUGGUCAUUGUGCCCGAAGCAAUGGUCUCUAACAUUAAGCCUGAGUUCGAAUAUGAUUCCGAAGACGAGGAGGCUGUCUUGGACAACAUACUGGACGAUGAGUUCGAGCCGGAUGUACCUAAAAACAAAGCGGCACGGCAAGCAGCAUUAGCUGCCAAAAAACAAAAGAAACCCCGAGGUCAGGGCGUUUUUAUUUGCGAACAAUGUGGAAAUCAUAUAAGCGGACGUGUCGCCUUCGAAUUGCAUUGCCGUCGUCAUCGAGGCGAAAAAGAAUUCCAAUGCGAAAUCUGUACGGAUCGUUUUUGCACUACCUCGGAGCUAAAACGACACAUGCGAAAGCACACGGGCGAACGACCCUUCCCAUGCCAAUAUUGUGGUCGACGCUUUACUGAUUACACUACCCGCGUUAAACACGAACGUACUCACACCAAUGAACGGCCCUACAAAUGCACAACUUGCGGGAAAGCAUUCACAACUGGUUACAUACUUAAAAAUCACAUGCUGGUACAUUCAGGACAGCGUACCCACAGGUGUGAUCUUUGCGAUAAAUCCUUCUUGCUGAGUACGCAUCUUUUAACCCAUAAUCGGUCCAAUGCACACAAGCGUAACGUGGAGAAUCAAGCCCUCGCCUCACUAGAGCAACGAUUGCAAGUAUAUAGUCGGCAGGAGGACGAAGACAGAAUGCUGAAAAACGUGUGCAGAGUGUGCAGCAAAUAUGCGACGGCUAAAAAGUCGUUCGUUAUAUUCGAGAAUCGCAAUCGCAAACUACUUUGGCAUAUACAGACUCUAACAGGGCUCCUGCUGGAGGACUACGAAUGUUUGCCUACUCUAAUAUGCCAGUGUUGCCACACCGAGCUCCUGGAUGCGAUCAAAUUUCGAAACCGUUUUCUGACUGCACAGCUUCAACUCUUAGAUAUGUUGACCGAAGCCCAACGGGACGAAAUUCCAGUUAGCUACAAAUCGGCGGUUAUCUCAAAAGCAAAUGGAGAUCCCACAGUCGAGGCAGACCCAAAAAUAGAACCAGACACAGAUUGCAUGCCCAGCAGCGUUGAACUUGUGGAGGUGAUGGCAAAGGACUCACACGAGUCGCUGAUGGACGAGUCGGAAUUCAAUAUGGUAGUGGAGGAGGACUUAAAAUGCUAUAACACGGAGCCAGAAGUUGAGGAAGAAUAUAUUACCACGGCUGAUUACGAGUAUAUAUCCGAAUAUGAGGAGGCUCUGGACAAUGUCUUGGACGAUGAAUCUGAUGUUAAAAUAGCAAAAGCCCAGAAACCACGACCGCAGACUAAACUUAAAAAUAAGUCGAAGGAUUCCGCGGGGCGAGGCAGUGGUCGGGGAGUGUUUAUUUGUGAACAGUGCGGCAAUCACGUAACCGGACGAAUGGCUUUCGAACUGCAUUGUCGUCGCCAUCGAGGAGAAAAGCACUAUCAAUGCGAAAUCUGUAAGGAUAGCUUUUGCACCACUUCCGAGCUCAAGCGUCACAUGCGUCGACACACUGGAGAGCGUCCUUUUCCGUGCCAAUAUUGCGGGCGUCGCUUUACGGACUACAGCACGCGCGUAAAGCACGAACGGACUCACACCAAUACUCGGCCCUUCGCCUGCAACGACUGUGGAAAGGCGUUUACCACGGCUUACAUACUUAAAAAUCACAUGCUGGUACACACAGGCGAGCGUGCUUUUCACUGUGAAGCGUGCGAGAAGUCCUUUACCCGCAAUACUCACCUUGUCACGCAUUAUCGCUCGACAGUGCAUAAACGUAAUGUCGAAAAGCAAGCUAUUAAAUCAGCUAUCCAAGUCUAUCAGUAGAUUUUCUGUAUUUAU